AUGAAUUCCGCUAAAAAGGAAUUUGAGAUUUCACACAUUUUCACAGAUGUAUCAAAAUUGGAAAACGGUAAUUUUCUAUUAAGCCCUGAAGAAGAUCACUUCAAUGUUCCAUGGGACUUGCAACUUUAUCGAGAAGAUGAUCAUUUAGAUGUGUACCUCCGUUGUACGAAAUUGACGGAAAAUGAUGAAAUUUGUGCAAUUGAUACGGAAUUCGAAUUAACUCUUAAAACUUCAAAUGGGAAACAAAUGAGUCGUAGGGUCAAAGUUGACUUUACACUUGAAAACAUCAUGAUACCCGCAUGGAGAUGGUCUAAGGUUGUUAGUUGGGAGACAUUGUUGAAGGAAUACCUAAUUGAUGAUAGUAUCAUUGUGGAAGCAGCCGUCAUGAUCAAAGCGAUGACUGGGAUCCCUAGGAUGAAGCUUAGAAGCUUCGAGAAGUCGGCUCAGGAGUAUUCUGAUGCGAUUAUAGCAAUUGGAGAUGAAAAGUUCUACGUUCUCAAGAAGUUUCUCGCUGCUCACUCAACUUACUUCAAGGAUCUCCUCUUCGGAGACUUCGACUUCGAACAAGCUGAAAAUUCAGAAAUCACACUCUCCGAUAUCAAUUCUACCGAUUUUCAGUGUCUCCUGGAGGUUCUAUACGGAGAACCUGCUAUUGAUGAAGAGAACAUUGACGGAAUCCUCAAAUUGGCUCAGAAGUACAAUAUGCCCGCGAUUCGGAGAUGUGAAGAGUUCCUAAUCAAAAUUUCUGAAAGAUCAAUCAGGGAAAAGUUAAAGAUUGCAAAGCAAUACCAACUGGAUAACUUGAAGAAAUCAUGUCUGUCGAAAAUCAAUAUAAUGGAUGAGAUCAAAGCGGCAAUGGCAUGCAAUGUUGCUGAAAUGGAUCCAACUGUGCUGGCGCCUCUUCUCCAGAAAUCGGUGGCUCUUAAAUAA